AUGAACUCGACUCCUGAUAUAAUCAGUCCUCAAAAAUCUACUUCGUCCAAUGGCGAUUCAGAAACGAAUAAUUCCAAGUUCAUGAAUGCACCAGAAGGUAAAAAAGGCCUUGGCAGAGAUGACUUGAGCCAUGUUAAAUCUGAACCAGAAAUUCCAAAGCCAAACAACAGCAGAUCUGCUUAUAUUUCGACCUGUUUAUGCUGUGUUAUGGUUGCUUUCGGAGGUUUUGUCUUCGGUUGGGAUACUGGUACUAUUUCUGGAUUUGUUAACCAAAAAGAUUUUAUCAGAAGAUUUGGAUCUAAACAUUCUGAUGGCAGCCCUUAUUUGUCCACGGUUAGAAUGGGUUUGAUUGUUUCCAUCUUCAAUAUUGGUUGUGCUAUCGGUGGUAUUGUUUUGUCUAGAGUUGGUGAUGUUUAUGGUCGCCGUGCAGGUUUGGUCACUGUGGUCGUGAUUUAUGUUAUUGGCAUUUUGAUUCAAAUUUGCUCCUUCGACAAAUGGUACCAGUACUUCAUCGGUAGAAUCAUCUCCGGUCUCGGUGUGGGCGGCAUUUCCGUUUUGUCGCCAAUGUUGAUUUCUGAAGUUUCUCCUAAGGAAAUGAGAGGCGCCAUGGUAUCUUGCUAUCAAUUGAUGAUCACUGCUGGUAUUUUCUUGGGUUAUUGUACUAACUACGGCACCAAAAACUAUGACGACUCUACUCAAUGGAGGGUCCCAUUGGGUCUAUGUUUCGCCUGGGCUUUAUUCAUGAUUGCUGGUAUGCUUUUCGUCCCCGAGUCGCCACGUUACUUGAUUGAAGUUGGUAAAUUUGACGAAGCUAAACGUUCUUUGGCCAGAGUCAACAAAUGCUCAAUCGAUUCUGCCUUCAUACAACAUGAGUUUGACUUAAUCGAAGCCUCGAUUGAAGAGAUGAGAGUUGCUGGGACUGCAAGCUGGGGUGAGCUCUUCACCGGUAAACCUGCUAUGUUCCAGCGUACUGUCAUGGGUAUUAUGAUUCAAUCUCUACAACAGCUGACUGGUGACAAUUAUUUCUUUUAUUAUGGUACUACUGUUUUCAAGGCUGUCGGUUUGGAAGAUUCCUUUGAGACCUCAAUUGUCUUCGGUAUUGUGAACUUCGCUUGUACUGCCCUUUCUCUGUAUACUGUGGACAAGUUUGGUCGUCGUAACUGUCUGCUAUAUGGUUGCGUUGGUAUGAUCUGCUGUUACGUUGUCUACGCCUCUGUCGGCGUCACAAGAUUAUGGCCAGGCGGUCAAGGCAAUGGUUCCUCUAAGGGUGCUGGUAACUGUAUGAUCGUCUUUGCAUGUUUCUACAUUUUCUGCUUUGCCACUACCUGGGCUCCAAUUGCAUAUGUCAUCAUUUCUGAAUCCUUUCCAUUGAGGAUCAAGUCCAAGGCCAUGGCCAUUGCCAGUGCUUCCAACUGGAUAUGGGGUUUCUUGAUUGGUUUCUUCACUCCCUUCAUCACUAAAGCCAUCAACUUCUACUACGGUUACGUCUUCAUGGGCUGUAUGGUGUUUGCUUAUUUCUACGUUUUCUUCUUCGUUCCAGAGACUAAAGGCUUGACUUUGGAAGAGGUCAAUGACAUGUACGCCGAAGGUGUCUUGCCAUGGAAGUCAAGCUCCUGGGUCCCAGCUUCAAGAAGAGGCCCAGACUACAAUGCUGAUGACUUGACUCACGAUGAUAAGCCAUUCUACAAAAGAAUGUUCGGCAUGAACUAA